AUGGCGCAUCGUCCAGGACAACUGUCAUCUAGCAAAUCAGUCAGCAACUUCCGGCAGGAGCGCACGUGCCGCGCGUGCCGACCACCGGGCCCCAAGUCCCUGCCCGCCGGGCGGGCAAGGCGGGGCCAGGGGCCCACACUCCCGCUCAAGCCACCGCCCACCCAUCCGCCAGUCAGGUCGCGGACUCCCGCGAUGGCGCUGCGCGCCUUGCCCGGGGGAUCGUCCCUCCUCCGGCGGCUGGGCAGCUCCGCCUGCGCCUCGCCCCACCACGCGCGCUCCGCGAUGCUGGUCAAGCAGUCCCUGGCGGACGCCGUGGAGCAGGUCGCAUACAUUGGCGCCUCGGCGGAGCAGGCCUACCUGGAGGCCGACCCCGCGUGCCGGGAGCCUAGGGCGGAGUACCUGAGGAGAUAUCAGUCGAUGGCCUGGCGGGCGCUGGCGGGGGCCCUCGACGAGUACCACGAGAUGAGGGAGGCGGUUGGGGAGGAGAGGAUGCAGGAGCUGCAGGGCGCGGCGCAGAUGGAGGGGCUGCUGGCCGGCGCGCUGGCCGCCAAGUUCAGGCUGCGCAGGCAGAUGGCGGAGAUCCGCGAGGGGGAUGAGGGCUGA